UAUAUCGAAUUAUGUAUAUUAAAAUAGUAUUAGUAGUGUUAUUAAUGAUUGUCUUAUAACUACAUGUGAACACGAUGCUUCAACACUACUGAAGUGAAACAGAUACUGAGAUAGCCUUCUCUGAGUGUAACUUAGAUCUCUUAUAGUGUUUUAUUGUUAAACAACUACCGAAGAAGGUAGAAUGAAGAUUGUGUUUCUCCAUCCUGAUUUGGGUAUUGGUGGAGCUGAAAGACUCGUAGUAGAUGCAGCAUUAGCUCUGAAGUCCCAAGAUCAUGAAGUCAGUUUUGUCACUGCUCAUCAUCAUCCCAGUCAUUGUUUUCAGGAAACUAAAGAUGGAACUUUCACUGUGACGGUAGUUGGAGAUUGGAUGCCUCGGAGUUUGUUUGGCGCAUGCUAUGCUUUGUGUGCAUAUGUUCGAAUGAUAGUGGCAGCUUUUUACCUGGUGUUUUGUAGUGGCUUAAAUCCUGAUGUUAUUUUUUGUGAUCAGAUUUCAGUUUGUAUCCCUGUCCUUAAACUAAGUAAGGCAAAGAUUGUCUUUUAUUGCCACUUUCCUGAUCAGUUGCUGAGCCAGAGACAAGGUUGGUUGAAGAAACUCUACAGGGCUCCACUGGAUUGGUUAGAAGAAUGGACUACAGGAAUGGCACAAACUGUGUUGGUCAAUAGUAAGUUUACAGCUGAAGUAUUUCGCCAGACAUUUCAAAGCCUCCAGAAUGUUCAGCUUCAAGUUCUCUACCCAUCACUGAAUUUUUCAGCAUUUGACUGUCCACUUGAAGGUGACCUAACUGACCUUAACUUGAAGGGUGUCAACUGGGUGUUUUUGUCAAUUAACCGAUAUGAAAGGAAAAAGAAUCUUGGGCUAGCCAUUCAAGCUUUAGGUAAACUUCGGAGCAUUUUGACACCUGAUGUGGGAAAACAGGUGCAUCUCAUCAUGGCUGGUGGGUAUGACGAUCGAGUGAAGGAAAAUCUUGAGGUUUUUAUGGAACUGCAGCAAUUAGGAGAGGACUUAGGACUUACAGAAUCUCUUAGUUUCUUAAAAUCACCUUCAGAUAAACUAAAGCACUUAUUACUUCACAGUUGUACAGCUGUUCUUUACACUCCAGAAAAUGAACACUUUGGAAUAGUUCCAUUGGAGGCAAUGUACAUGUCAAGACCUGUGAUUGCAGCCAAUAGCGGAGGACCUCUAGAGACUGUCAUUGAUGGUGAAACAGGAUUUUUGUGUCCACCCCAUCCUGAAAACUUUGCAACAGCCAUGGAAAAGUAUGUAAAAGAUCGCAGUUUAGCAAGAGAAAUGGGCGAAAAUGGGAAAAAUCAUGUCAGACAACACUUUUCAUUCCAGCAUUUUGUGGAACAACUUUCUAGAGCUGUAUCGAAAUAAGAAUCAAGAAAAAAAAGUACUAUACAUUUUCCAAGCUCUGUUGAAAUACAGAUGAUCUUACUGUACUUGGUUGUUUCUGUAUUAAUAGCAAAUGUAAUUUUGAAUUAUAUAGAAUCAGAAAAUAACUCAUACUUCACAUUAAUCACUUUUAUUUUUAAAGGUAUGUGUAAACCGUAAGAACUGCAACUUUAUAGGCUUUCUACUGUGUAUGUAUAUAUAGCUUAACAACUUUUGCAGAAAGUAAUAAAUUAAAAAUAAAAUAAGUGGAGUUUUAA